UCAUUUGAAGAGUAUGAAUAUUCACUCAAUAAAGUAUUGAGUGACAAGAAAAUCGAAAGUUUUUUUAAUAAUGAAAUAGUUGAUGGUGAAAUGCAAACUGAUUUUAGUAAUCUCAUGCCAAAUGAAAAAGAAACUGAUAAAAUUAUUAAUGAGGCAUCAAAUAUUGAGGAAAUGCUAUCUAUUAGCAGUGAAUUUGCACUAUAUUUUUAA